AUGUGCAUCGACUAUCGGGUCGUGAACAGUUUCAUUCAGUUGACGAAUUACCCACUGCCACUGAUCGAUGAUCUCAUUACUCGUUUUGAAAGAAUGAUGGCGUUCAUGAAUCUCGAUAUGGCGAGUGGUUUCUGGGCGGUCCGAAUAUCCGAGAAGUCUAAGCUCAUCUCAGCAUUCACUUGCCCAUUCGGGCACUUCCAAUGUGUACGUAUGCCAUUCGGGUUGAAACGCCCCGCUGAUUUACCAGCAGAUGAUCAAAAAUUGUCUAUGGGGAUUCCACCCAAAGAGGAAGCACUUGUAGAUCGGGAUGCGUUAGACUACCUGCGGUUGGACCCUCAGGCGCCAGGUGACAACAUAGAUACGGAAUCCAGGAUUACACCGCUAGUGGAGCAAAUGGCGGAUUUCAGGCGCAACAUCCCCGCACUAUCCCAAAUGGGGCCAGGCUUGGAUCAACUAUGCGGCGAUCUGGAUGCGUUGCUCUAUCGGUUACGGUACUGGAGUAUCUCCGUCAGUUUGCCUAAGAGCGGAUUCGGGAAGCGUGUUAUACCGUAUUCUCUCACGAGAUCGGUGUUGAAGGGAUACGUGCUACACCGAAAAUCGUGA